UCCUCGCUCCUCGCCACUCGGUGCCGGUGUCUCCUGGAACCCUCCUUUCUCCCCCCAAACCCCUACCUCCGGUGCCGCCGGCCCUUCCUCCUCCGAAGGCGGGCGAAAAAUUCGCGUGGGUGAUCGGCGAAGGGAUGGCGGCGGCAGAGGGGGAGGCGAGCCGGCUGUUCCGCGUCCGGCGCACGGUGAUGCAGAUGCUGCGGGACCGCGGGUACCUGGUAGUGGACGCCGACGUCGACAUGACCAUGGGCGAGUUCGUCGGGCGCUACGGCGACCCCGUGCGCCGCGAUGACCUCGUCAUCAACCGCGCCAAGAAGGACAAGCCCGACGAACAGAUCUACGUCUUCUUCCCGAACGAGCCCAAGCCCGGCAUGAAGACGGUCAAGAGCUACGCCGAGAAGAUGAAGCAGGAGAACGUCAACAAUGGCAUACUCGUGGUGCAGCAGGCGCUGACCGCCUUUGCCCGCAACGCGGUGCUCGGGUUAUCGCAGGAGAAGGAGAAAUUGAUGCUCGAGGUCUUCCAGGAAGGGGAGCUUCUUAUAAACAUUAAGAAUCACGAUCUAGUUCCCGAGCACGUGCUCCUCACAAAGGAGCAGAAGAAGACGCUGUUGGAGAAAUACACUGUGAAAGAAACUCAGCUCCCUCGGAUUCAAAUCACGGAUCCAAUAGCAAGGUACUAUGGCAUGAGGCGUGGACAGGUCGUGAAAAUCACCAGGCCCAGCGAGACUGCUGGAAAAUAUGUGACGUAUCGCUAUGUUGUCUGAGCUCAAGAGCGUAUCUGGUGCGCCGGGGAAAUUGUUGCUACCAGUACACCGGACACCGCUUGCACAUCGAAAAAUUCAAAAAAAAAGUGCAUUGAAACAACAAUGUUGGCGGAAAAUUUCAUAUCAAAAUUCGAAACAUUGCACUAGAUACAAAAAAGACAAAUUUGACAUCAGUGUGAUAAUUGGCCGAAUCUGAAGCCCAACUUAUAUUAGGUUCACAUUGAUGUCAAAUUUAUCAUUUUUGUAUCUCGUGCAAUGUUUCGAAUUUUGAUAUGAAAUUUUGUGACAACAUCGGUCAUCGAACGAUGUUGUGUCAAUGCACUAUUUUUUUUCCAGAAUUUUUUGAACAUUUCUGGAUGUGCAACCGGGGUCCGGUGCACCGGUAGCACCAGUUGCCCUGGUGUACCAGAUACGCCCUCGUCUGAGUUCCACUACAUUCUCAAGGGUCGAGAUGUUCUGCAAGCACUGCCAGUUAAAAUGCUUCCUGUCCUCAGUAGUAGACACUUGUUUUCUCGAGGAACAGAAAUUACUUUCUGAACUGCCUUAGUGCUCUGUCUUUACAUCUGCUUGUCAGUUUGACAUGACUCUGUUAGCUAGCAUCUAGAAAUAGAUUUCGGUAGUUCCGUUCCUUUUUCGGCACUGCUAAAUAACUCUUUGCUACCCGAAAUAGUCGGUCUGUUUCAAAGUUCAGUUUAGUGCUCCUGUAUUUAGCUAAAUAUAUAAAUGGUAUGACCAUUUAAUCUGGUA